AUGAAAAUGUUCAUUCUCGAUGAGGAACAGUUGUUUGCCAAUGGACAAAUAUACAUGGGGCUGUCUUGGGUGCAGUCUCUAAAGGGCCUUCAAGCUGUAGGCCGAAAUGUGGCAAUGGCAAAAAAUGAACCUGCAUCAUUGUCAGCAGGAGCUGCAUUGACAUCAUCAGGAGUUCUAGAUUGGGCAGAGAACCAUUGGGAGGAGACUGCCCUAGUAACUACAACACAUAAACAUGGCCAUAAAGUUGUUGACUACUGUGACAAGCCAGGCCAAUUCUGGCCUGAUGGCCAAGAACCUCCUUUCAACGGACAGAAACACCCCAAGCAUAUAUUUGUCACCAAAGGCAAACAUCAACCCCUCAAAGAGAUUACCCACAACCAUGAGGAAAUAAACUGGCCGGAGGAUUACAUUUGA